AAUCAAAACAACACAAAACAACUUGUUAAAACCAAAAACAAAUCAAAAUGAAAUUUAUGAUUUUAUUAACAAUCCUAGUAGUGAUUUUAGUUGCUGGUACCACGGCCCAACGUCGUAGAUGUCCUCAAAGAGCACGUCCUGCUAGAUGUGUGGGUCCUCGUAAUGUUGGCUCAAGAUGUCCUGCUAUACCACCCCGCAGAAUGUGGUAUUAUAAUCAAGCAAAUCGUACUUGUAUUGAAAUGAAUCAUUUGGGUUGUGGUGGCAAUGCAAAUCGUUGGUGCUCUAGAGCCAGCUGUGAACGCAGAUGUGUACGCACAACUGGUUAGGAAGAUAUGAUUCUGAGAAUAUUUUUUUUAUAAUAAUUUAGAAAAAUGUAAUAAUAAAUAUCGUACAUAAUUAUUGGCAAAUGUAA